AUGAUAUCUACUAGGAAUUCACGGAGUUUGCUUUAUACAAAUCAAAGUUCUGUUGUGGGAGGUUUUCAUGAAUUAUUCUGGAGAUGGAGUUUACUGGAAAAGACUUCUAGGAAAUUUCACACUCAUUCUUCUCGACACAAUGCAUUUUCAAAAUGUAUUCAUCAGCAAUCAAGAAAAAGCAGCAGCUUGUCCAAUUCUUCUUCUUCAAACUCAACCAGCGCCAUUAAAUCAGCAAAUACACCUAUAGAUACUCCAUUAGAAGCCCCCAACAAGUCCCCCGAACUCAAUCAACUCGCCUUGGAUGUUCGUCAAGUAAUGCGCCAUGUACCACAUUCCGUCGUAAUUCUCACCACUCCAAAUCUUCAUCCGAAGUCUGGAGAACCUUCAAUAGCAGCAGCAGCUAUGACUUUAUCCUCUUUUACUACCCUUACCCUCUCACCAGAACCUAUCAUCACAUUUAAUAUCAAGCGUCCUUCUCGAACACUUGAUGCACUAAAAGCAUUAUACCCCGUCGGGUCAGCAUCAUCAUCCGCCAAAGAUGAACCCGAUAGAUGGUUUCACAUCCACAUUUUAGAAUGCAACACAUCAGGUGCUCAACUUGCCAAUCACUUUUCCCGCGGUGGACCCAUGCUCCCGGAAGAUCGCACGUUGGUGUAUUCACCAGGCGCCAUUGCAAAUGUAACCACGAGAGGUAUAAGACAGACGUUUCAAUGUGAGAUUCUGCGGAAUCAUGAAACGAGUGGAUUUAUUGAUGUUGGGGAUCAUACGUUGGUUUUUGGAAAGGUGAUGAGAAUUGGGUUUGGGGAGAAAGCGGAUAAAGUGAAGGGAAGGAAGAAGGAGUGGAGGGGUUUGUGUUAUAUGCAGGGGAAAUAUCAGAUUGCGAUGCCUAUGCUGCAUACUGAUAAGAAGGGUGUAACUGUUAAAGGUAAUGGAAUUGAGGAUACUGUAUAA